AUUUUGGGGGGAUUUGCUCUGGGCAUUUGCUUUGCCCAGUAGUCGAAAAGUGAACUCGACUCGUGAUGGUUCUCCUGUCACUUUGGUUGAUAGCAGCCGCUCUGGUAGAGGUUAGAACUUCAGCUGAUGGACAAGCUGGUAAUGAAGAAAUGGUGCAAAUAGAUUUACCAUUAAAGAGUCGUAGGGAGUAUGAGCUGGUGACUCCAGUCAGCACAAAUCUAGAAGGACACUAUCUCUCCCAUAUUCUUUCUGCAAAUCACAAAAAGAGGUCAACGAGGGACGUGUCUUCCAACCCUGAGCAAUUGUUUUUUAACAUCACAGCAUUUGGAAGAGAUUUUCAUCUCCGACUGAAGCCCAACACUCAACUAAUAGCUCCUGGGGCUGUUGUAGAAUGGCAUGAGACAUCUCUGGUACCUGGGAAUACAACUGAACCCAUUAAUGAUCAUCAACCAGGAAGUGCAUCAGAAAGGAUCUGGAAAACAGAGCCUUUGCAGGCUAACUGUGCUUAUGUUGGUGACAUCAUGGACAUCCCAGGAACCUCUGUUGCCAUUAGCAACUGUGAUGGUCUGGCUGGAGUGAUAAAGAGUGAUAAUGAUGAGUAUUUCAUCGAACCCUUGGAGAGAGGUAAGCAGAUGGAGGAAGAAAAAGGAAGGAUUCACAUUGUCUACAAGAGAUCAGCAGUAGAACGGGCUCCCAUAGACAUGUCCAAAGACUUCCAUUACAAAGAAUGGGAUCUGGAUGGCCUGGAUGAUCUCAGCACUGCUUACAGCAACAUUGAACAGCAGCUGAAUGAGACCACCAGGAGGCGCCGCAGACACGCAGGGGAAAACGAUUACAACAUUGAGGUGCUGCUGGGAGUGGAUGACUCUGUGGUCCGUUUCCAUGGCAAAGAGCACGUCCAAAACUACCUCCUCACCCUGAUGAACAUCGUGAAUGAAAUUUACCAUGAUGAGUCCCUUGGAGUGCAUAUCAACGUGGUGCUGGUACGCGUGAUAAUGCUGGGUUAUACAAAGUCCAUCAGCCUUAUAGAAAGAGGAAACCCAUCCAGGAGUUUGGAGAACGUUUGUCGCUGGGCUUGCCAACAACAAAAAUCUGAUCCCAACCACUCAGAACACCAUGAUCAUGCAAUUUUUUUAACCAGGCAAGACUUUGGACCUGCUGGAAUGCAAGGAUAUGCUCCAGUCACAGGCAUGUGUCACCCAGUAAGAAGUUGUACCCUGAAUCAUGAGGAUGGUUUUUCAUCUGCUUUUGUCGUAGCCCAUGAAACUGGCCAUGUGUUGGGAAUGGAACAUGAUGGACAAGGCAACAGGUGUGGCGACGAGACGGCUAUGGGAAGUGUCAUGGCUCCCUUGGUGCAAGCAGCAUUUCAUCGUUACCACUGGUCCCGAUGCAGUGGUCAGGAAUUGAAAAGAUACAUCCAUUCCUAUGACUGUCUUCUUGAUGACCCUUUUGAACAUGAUUGGCCCAAACUCCCAGAACUUCCAGGAAUCAAUUAUUCUAUGGAUGAGCAAUGCCGUUUUGAUUUUGGUGUUGGCUAUAAAAUGUGCACUGCGUUUCGAACCUUUGACCCCUGUAAGCAGUUGUGGUGUAGCCAUCCUGAUAAUCCCUAUUUUUGUAAGACUAAAAAGGGACCCCCUCUUGAUGGGACUGAGUGCGCUGCGGGGAAAUGGUGCUAUAAGGGUCAUUGCAUGUGGAAGAAUGCUAACCAACAAAAACAAGAUGGCAAUUGGGGAUCAUGGACCAAAUUUGGCUCCUGUUCCCGGACAUGUGGGACUGGUGUUCGUUUCAGAACACGCCAGUGCAAUAACCCAAUGCCCAUCAAUGGUGGUCAGGAUUGUCCUGGUGUUAAUUUUGAGUACCAGCUUUGUAAUACAGAAGAAUGCCAAAAACACUUUGAGGACUUCAGAGCACAGCAGUGCCAGCAGCGUAACUCCCACUUUGAAUACCAGAAUACCAAACAUCACUGGUUGCCAUAUGAACAUCCUGAGGCCAAGAAAAGAUGCCACCUUUACUGCCAAUCCAAAGAGAGUGGGGGUGUCGCUUAUAUGAAACAGCUGGUGCAUGAUGGAACACACUGUUCUUACAAAGACCCAUACAGCAUAUGUGUACGGGGAGAGUGUGUGAAAGUGGGUUGCGAUAAAGAAAUCGGCUCUAAUAAGGUUGAAGAUAAAUGUGGUGUCUGUGGAGGUGAUAAUUCCCAUUGUCGCACUGUAAAGGGGACAUUUACCAGAACUCCCAGGAAGCUUGGGUACCUUAAGAUGUUUGAUAUACCCCCUGGUGCUAGACAUGUGUUAAUCCAAGAAGACGAGGCUUCUCCUCAUAUUCUUGCUAUUAAGAACCAGGCUACAGGACACUAUAUUUUGAAUGGUAAAGGAGAAGAAGCCAAGUCCCGAACCUUCAUAGAUCUUGGUGUGGAGUGGGAUUAUAACAUUGAAGAUGACAUUGAAACUCUUCACACUGAUGGACCCUUACAUGAUCCUGUGAUUGUUUUGAUUAUACCUCAGGAGAAUGAUACUCGCUCUAGCCUGACAUAUAAGUACAUCAUCCACGAAGACUCUGUACCUACAAUCAACAGCAACAAUGUCAUCCAGGAAGAAUUAGAUACUUUUGAGUGGGCUUUGAAGAGCUGGUCUCAAUGUUCUAAACCCUGUGGUGGAGGUUUCCAAUACACUAAAUAUGGUUGCCGUAGGAAAAGUGAUAAUAAAAUGGUUCAUCGCAACUUCUGUGAGGCCAACAAAAAGCCAAAACCUAUUAGAAGAAUAUGCAAUAUUCAAGAAUGCACACAUCCACUCUGGGUAGCAGAAGAGUGGGAGCACUGCACCAAAACCUGUGGGAGUUCUGGCUUCCAGCUUCGCACUGUACGCUGCCUUCAGCCACUCCAUGAUGGCACCAACCGCUCUGUGCACAGCAAGUAUUGUGUGGGUGAACGUCCUGAGAGCCGCCGGCCUUGUAACCGAGUGCUCUGCCCAGCCCUGUGGAAAACAGGGCCCUGGAAUGAGUGUUCAGUAACCUGUGGUGAAGGAACCGAGGUGAGGCAGGUCAUCUGCAGGGCUGGAGACCAGUGUGACGGUGAAAAGCCUGAAUCAGUCAGAACCUGUCAGCUGCCUCCCUGUAAUGAUGAGCCAUGUUUGGGAGACAAAUCAAUAUUCUGUCAAAUGGAGGUGCUGGCGCGAUACUGUUCCAUCCCCGGUUAUAACAAGUUAUGUUGUGCAUCCUGUAGCAGGCACAGUAGCACCCUGUCUCCCCCAUACUUUCCAGAAGCUGCUGAAACUCAAGAUGAUGCUAUGUUUAACCCUAGUGACCUCCCUCGAUCUUUAGUGACACCUACGUCAUUGGUUCCAUACCAUUCAGAGACCCCUGCUGUGAAGAAGAAAUCUUUGAGCAGGUUGUCUUCUGUGGAAGGUCCAAAUACGUAUGCUGCUUUCAGGUCAAACAGUAAACCUGAUGGUGCUACCUUUCCCCUGAGGAGAGCCCAGCAAACAGAAAGUGAGACUUUGAGACUGGUCUCAGUGCCAUCUUCUCCACCCACCAAGAGUGGCCAUCUCAAUUCAUCUUCACAAGUGGCUGCUACUCCCUUCCUCACAGUCAGUGAUUCAAUAGGUGCUCCUUCUCAGGCAAGAACCUCAAAGAAAAAUGAAAAGAGACGUCCUCUAAGGUCAUCCACCUUGGAAAGAUGAGAAAGUGAGUGUGAAAAGCUAGAAAUCAGAGGAAAACCUGGACAACCACCCUCUCCCCAUGGUGCAUACAGCUUGUUUAAAGUGGAAAUCUCCACAGAUCAACUCAUUUUGUCUUAAGUGGAAGAACAAAAAGUGCUGGUUCACUUUCUAGUGGCUUUCAUCCUUCUUUUCUUCUGCAUUGACUCAUUUGCCAGAAUUCAUUGGAAGAAAGCACCAAAGAUUAACGAAAAGAAAGUAAGUUGCUAAAUGUGUUGGUUACUCUUUAACACAGAAAAGGGACUGCAACCAGCUGUGUGUAUCAGCUGAUUAUUUGUCUCAGAGUUACAGUAAAAAUAAAAAUGAGGUGCCAACAGUUUACACUUUUACAAAACAUUUUGGAAGUGGAGAAAAGAAUUCUUUGACUUGUAUUCCUAUUUAUCUGUAUUAGAAAUGUUGUAUGAGCAAAUUUACAGUUGUUUUGUAAAUACUGUAUAUUGCAGAAAUCAGUAUUAUUUUAAGAGAUGUGUUCUCAAAUGAUUGUUUACUAUCUUACAUUUCUGGAUGUUCUAGGUGCCUGUCAUUGAGUAUUGCCUUAUUUGACAUUCUCUAAGUUGAUUUUCAAAGCAGAAUAUUAUAAGGAAGGGGUUAGAAUUACAGCUACUGACAAUAAAAAGGGAUUUGCUGUGUGAUUUUGUUGAAUCCACAAUGAGAUACCUAAGUAAGGGAAGAAUGAAGAAACAUAGCUGCGGACACACAGAAUUUAGCUUACAUACUGCCUGCCACCAUUUAAAUGCAAGUGAGUAGGACUGGCAUCUUAGUAUACUGUGGUCACAGGAAAAGGGACAGUAAAUGAACCUGUGCAAAACGUAACUGAAACUCUUUUAACAGGGCCUCAAAAGGUGCCAUUGAGGAAUCCUGUGCUCUUGUGGGUUUUUCCUUUUUUUCCUUUUGUUGACAUAUAUAAACAGUUAUACUUGAUGUAUGUAGUAAUCAGAAAGGAAAAACGUUUGAGGAUAACUUGUUUUUUAUGUUAGUAGCUGAGAAAAACAUCAUCAAACUAUAAUUGACACUUGAGUAUAGUAGGGCUUUGGGGCUUUGGAAACAGGUUCCAAAAAAGCAGUUUGUCAAAAGGUGAGAUAUUUAUUUUCCGCAUGGUUCAUAUCCAAAUGUUCACAACCACAAUGCAUCUGACUGCAAUAAUGUGCUAGUAAUUUAUGUCAGUGAUAACCUUGCUCACAUGAAGCCAGAAAUGCCCUCUCUCUCCAGGGAGAAGAUGUAAAGUACUUGUAUAUAGAAGUCAGAACUGAAGAUAUUUAUUAAAAGUCAAUUUUUUUCUUGAUAGUAUUUUUACUUACUUAAUAUUUACACUAAUAUCAAGAAUAAUAUUUUAGUAAACUAGAGAGACAUAAUUAGAGAUGCAUGCUUGGUUCUGUGCAUAGAGGAGAAAUUUAAGCAAACUAUAGCAGCCAAAUCAAGGAGGCAAAAUUGAAAAAAAUUGAUGUUAUGCAAGUGUUUUGCAGUUUUAAAUAGUUGAUGCAAAGCUGAUGACUUGUUCCUCUUCAAGGGAACAUAAAAUAGUAUGUACUCAGCCAGCUGUUUAAUGAAAUGGUGAAUUGGAAAUAUUUUUUUUUUAAAUAUGUGAAAGAGAUGAGUACUUCAUGAAAUUACAUUUAAAAAUUGGUGUUGUCAGCGUAAUGUUUCUGAGAUCAUUAUCUUAACUGUCUAAAAAUAUAUUUUUAUGCUAACUAAAAUGUAGAUGUUAACCUCUCAAAGCACAGAAUGUACAAGGACUUUUGCAUUUUAACUGUUACAAAUUAACAGCCUGGCUUAUUAACUCUACACUUCUAAAGAAUCGCUGCUACUUGGUGUAAGACUUUUGAAGGUCAAAUGAAUUGGGCAAAAUAAAGAUAAGAAGACAACUCCUGAGCCUCAAAUGGAAGUUAUGUUUUUCCAGAAAAUUUCUGCAGAACAAAAUUCUCUCUAGUUGCUUGCUUGUGUACAGGUCUGGACUGCAGGGGAUUAUAGAGAAAGAUGGUCACACACAUACACCUCUCAUAAAGAUGUUCAUAUUUGUUAUACUGCUAACUUGGAGCUUUCUUUUCUACUAAGCUGAAGAUUCCUGUUUAUCAAAGUGUACACUACUGAUGCUGUUUGUUGUAUUCGGAGCACGUAGCAAUAAAACUGUUAACAAAAUA